AUGUCUGACAAGAACUCCGACGACCUGCACGACCUGCACGAUGAGAAGGGCGUCACCAAGGAUGCCACCGAGCCCUACAAGCCCACCGACACCGAGCUGGCCGAUGCCAACAACCGUCGAGGCUCGGUCGCGCUCAACAUUGUCGAGAACCCGUUGAAGCGUGUCUCGAGGGAACAAGCCGUGGCAGAAGCUCACGCGUUCGCCCACAUGCACGACUUGGCCGAACACGCGGAUCUGCUCGGUCGCGCUGCUCUUGUUGCGCGUGAUCCGGAGAACUUCGACGAUGUCCACGAGUUGACCUCGGACGAGCGCGAGGCUCUGGCCUACGAGGCCGACCACAAGUGGUCCGGCCCAUUCAUGCUCUGGUACUCCAUCCUUCUGUGCGCUGUUGGCGCGGCCACUCAAGGGUGGGAUCAGACUGGUUCCAACGGUGCCAACCUGUCCUUCCCAGACGCGCUCCACAUCAACAGUGGAUCUGCAAGGGACGAAUGGCUUGUUGGUCUUAUCAACGCCAUCAUUUUUCUGACGGCCGGACUUAUUGGCGCUUUCAUUGUCGACCCGCUCAAUAAAUACUUGGGUCGUCGGGGUGAGAUCUUCUUGACCGGCCUGUGUCUCACUGCCACCCCCAUCGGCUCUGGAUUUGCGCAAACAUGGCAAGGUUUGUUCGCCGCGCGAUUUAUAAUGGGCAUCGGCAUCGGAGCAAAAAACGCUACGGUUCCAAUCUACUCUGCUGAGAUGGCUCCUCACCGCAUCAGAGGUGCCCUCGUCAUGUUCUGGCAGCUCUGGGUCGUCAUAGGCAUCUUCCUCGGAUUCUGCGCCAACGUCAUCGUCAAGGAUACUGGAAGUAUUUCGUGGCGUCUUCAGCUUGGCUCGGCCUUCAUCCCGUCUUUCAUCCUGGCCUGUGGUAUCUACUUCUGCCCCGAGUCGCCAAGGUGGCUCAUGAAGCACGGCAAGAUUGCCAAAGGCUUUCGAUCCAUGUGCAGGUUGAGGCACCACAACAUCAUCGGAGCCAGGGACUACUACUACUCGUUCGUCAUCUAUCAGGAAGAACUGAAGUUGUCCGCCAAUUCCACCUACUUCACCCGUCUUUGGGACUGUUUCUCCGUGCCUCGCAUCAGGCGCGCAAACUACGGUGCCUCCACUGUCAUGAUUGGUCAGCAGAUGUGCGGUAUCAACAUCAUCUCUUUCUACAGCUCGACCAUUUUCGAGCAGGCCGGUUACUCGUCAACGAAAGCUCUGUACGCUUCCCUGGGCUACGGCGCCAUUCAAGUGCUGUCCACGAUCCCUACGCUGUUCCUCAUCGACAGCAAGGGCAGGCGAACGUUGGUCCUGGCCACCUUCCCUCUCAUGGCCCUCUUCCUGCUCUGCGCCGGACUCAGCUCAGAUCCCAUCGUUGACCCAAAGACGGCAUCCAAGGCUCUACGUAUCGGUCCCGUAGUACUCUUCGUCUACCUCUUCACCAUCUGCUACGGACUUGGAGAAGGACCGAUUGCAUUCCAGUACUCUGCUGAGGUCUUCCCGACUAUUCAGCGUGAGCAGGGCAUGGCUUGGGCUGUGUGCAUCAACAACACGUUCGCCGGUGUUCUCAGCUUGACCUUCCCGCGCAUGUCGACAGUGAUGACGCCAGCCGGAGCGUUUGGCUUCUAUGCUGGCCUCAAUCUGAUUGCCUGGGGCAUGAUGUUCUGCUUCGUCCGCGAGACCAAGCAAUUGACACUGGAGGAGCUGGACCAGGUCUUCUCCGUCCCAACCAAGACGUUCUUGCACCACGAAUCGACAAAGAUGGUCCCGUGGUGGUUCAAGACCAAGGUCUUCCGCAUGAAGGGCAUCGAAAGGCCGCCGCCGAUCAUCGAGAAGGCCGACUACAAGCAGAACUAG